AUGACGAGCAUUUUCCUAUUCUGCACCUCCGACGUGCCAGCAAGCACGAUCAACCAAUUCUUGACAGAGUUCGCUGAAGCCAGCGAAGAUCCAAAUAUCUUCUGUCUGGUCCGCACCCCUGACCAGGAACAAUUCGAUGAAUGGGGCACCGAACUACCCGUGCAAGACUUCACGACUGGCUUUAAAAACGCCCCCGAUUCUGCUCUCCGCCUCUACACACAAAAUCGAAUCGACGAACUCAAGGCUGCAGGCAAAGCCGGCGGACUGUCUCCUGGGUGGCUGGCUAAGCUUGACGAGAGAUCCCCUCAUGACUCGACCGUGGUUCUGCAGUACCGCAAGAUCAAAGCCAACUGGGCUCAGGCAUUGGAAGAUGCUGAAGAGCAGUUUCAAAUCCCCGGUCAGGCGGAUGUUGAUGACCAGUAUAUCUGGUGGAAGUGGCGUGUGCCAUUUGCGGAUUCUUUCCAGCUGUUCAACAGCGUCGACGAUGGUAUGCCGGAUAUGAUUCGGCUGUUCACUCGACCUGAGUUUGUGGACGCGGAAGGCGUGCUUCAUGUAGAUGUUCCACGUCAGAUCAUCAAGGGGGAGACUCCGUACCGCAUUACGGAGAGUGCAAGCUGA